AUGCAGAGAAGACUCACCACUCAGCAGGCCUUGGAAAUGAUCCUGAGGGAAGUCGACCCUUGUGACUCGGAUGGAGAAGACUUACAAGUUCAGCCGGAUUCGGACUCAGAGCUGUCUGAUCAGUCUUCCGAUGAGGAGACUGCUUCUCCACCGAAAAAGAGACCUUGUUUGGGGACUGAGACAGCGAAAGAUGGCACAGUGUGGCGUGAAGAACAUGUGGGGACCUGUCUCCCUUUCACCCCAAUAGAAGCGUACGCUGCAGAUGGAGAGCCAACGGCUAAGGCCAGGAGAACAUUCAAGAAUGGACUAUUCAACAUGCACGGCGAAACGGAGCAUGUUCAUUGGUUCAUGGACCUCCCUGAACUAAUGGCAUUUAUUGCAAUUGUGAUCUUGCGGGGGGUUUACAGGGUUCCAUCUGUAAAUGACUGCUGGUCAGCAAACCUGGGAAACCCACAGAUAAUUGGAACUAUGGCACGAAACCGCUUCCAAAACAUCAUGCAACACCUACGCUUUGAUGACAAGUCCACCCGCUGUGAUCGAGCAAAGACUGACAAGUUUGCUGCAAUUUCCAGUGUGUGGGGAUCAUUUGUCACCAACUGCAUCACGUGCUACAACCCUGGUCUACAUAUCACCGUUGAUGAACAGCUUUUCCCAUCAAAGACUCGGUGCUGUUUCCUGCAGUAUAUUGCAAGUAAACCUGACAAGUUUGGGAUCAAGUUUUGGGUGGCUUGCGACCUAAAAUCCAAGUACAUUUGCAAUGUCUUCCCAUAUCUUGGCAAGGACCCCAAUCGUCCCACUGGGGAGAGACUUUCUGAAAAUGUAGUAAUGAGGCUGAUGGAACCAUUCCUAGACAAGGGCAGAAAUGUUACCACGGACAAUUUUUUCACAUCGCUUUCACUUGCACAAAAACUUCUUAGACGGAAAACCACCAUCCUCGGCACAGUCAACAGGAUUCGCAGGGAAAUUCCUCAAUCCACUAGACAGACAGAUCGCAAUGCAUUCACCACUCAGGUGUUUUCAACCUCUGCUGCCACGCUGACGGCGUAUGCGGCCAAACGGAAGAAGACAGUCUAUAUUCUUAGCAGCAUGCACAGCGUGGUUCAGACUGAUAACACCACCAAAAGGAAGCCAAACACUGUCACCCUUUACAACAAAACAAAGUGUGGCGUGGAUGUGAUGGACCAGAUGGUUCGGGAGUACACUGUCCGCAAAGGAACACGGCGCUGGCCAGUCGCCGUGUUUUAUAACAUGAUUGACAUGGCAGCACUGAAUGCACAUGUGCUGUAUCAAGCAUGCACCGGGACGAAGGAAAGACGGGUGGACUUCCUGGUGGCGCUUGCAACAGAGUUGGCUCGCUCUCAUGUAGCUGGGAAGAAGGCAAGAAAAGAACAGUUGCUUCGGGCACAACCCUCCAAACCUAGCCCUGGGAAAAGAGCCACGUGUCAGGUCAAACACAAAUGCAAGAAAAUCAGGCCACUGUGCGAUGUGUUCGACUGCUACAGAUACACAUGUGAUGGCAAACUGUAA